AUGGUAAAAUCACAACAGUAUGAUAGAUUUUCCAAGGAUUUUGUAAUGGGAGGCGCAGCGGCCAUCAUAUCCAAGAGUGCAGUAGCCCCGAUUGAGAGAGUGAAGCUUUUAUUACAAAACCAAAGUGAAAUGAUUAAAAGAGGACAGCUCAAAAGACCAUACCUCGGCGUGGCUAAUAGCUUUAAGAGGGUCUUCGCCGAAGAGGGUCUCGUUGCUUUCUGGAGAGGUAACCAGGCCAAUGUUAUAAGAUAUUUCCCCACGCAGGCUUUCAAUUUUGCAUUCAAAGGUUACUUCAAAAGCAUCUUUGGAUAUUCCAAAGAGGAUGACGGGUACAUUAAGUGGUUUGCUGGGAAUGUUGCUUCUGGCAGUGCUGCCGGAGCGACCACUUCAAUGCUUUUGUAUCAUUUGGACUUUGCACGUACAAGAUUGGCCACGGAUGCUGUCGUGUGCCAUGUUACUGGUCAGCGUCAGUUUAAAGGACUAAUUGAUGUAUAUCGUAAAACCUUAUCCAGUGAUGGAAUUGCUGGCUUGUACAGAGGAUUUGGGGUUUCGAUAUUGGGAAUCACCAUGUAUCGAGGGAUGUACUUUGGGAUCUAUGACACCAUGAAGCCUCUUCUUUUAGUUGGGGCUCUUGAGGGGAACUUCUUUGCUAGUUUCUUGUUAGGUUGGAGCAUCACAACUGUAUCUGGUGUCUGUGCAUACCCUUUUGACACACUGCGCCGGCGUAUGAUGCUAACCUCAGGACACAAGAUAAAGUAUAAUAAUGCAAUGCAUGCAUUUCGUGAGAUUGUUGCACUAGAGGGUUUCUUAGCUCUAUUUCGAGGUGUUACCGCAAACAUGCUUCUUGGAAUGGCAGGAGCUGGGGUGCUUGCUGGCUACGAUCAGCUAAACCAUAUUUCAUCUAGACACAGCAAGCAAUAA